UAUUUUUAAAAUAAAACAUACUUGAACAAGCACAUUAAUAGUUUAAAGUAAUUAAGUGGAAAUCUCAAAAUGGCUCCCUGUAGUAUAAAAUUGCUUAAGACAAAGCAUCUAGGUGGAACAGCUUUUGAAUUUUACUUCCAUAUUGAUCGACUUCACUCAUCUUCAUAUAUUCAAGAACAAUUAUUUGAUGUCCAUGGCUUGGCUCUGAUGAAAUUUUUUACAGAAAAAGAAGAUUCUUACUAUAAAGACUUAUUUUUGUCUGUCAUAAAACAUGAAUCAACCAUGAUGGUAAACAUUGAAAUGAUAUUAAAGUGUGAGAGUCCAAGAUUUCAACACACCUUAACUUGUUCUGAAACAUGGUCUCAGGAUUUAAAAUUACUGAGAUUAACAAGUGACGAUACAGCAUUAACAUUUAAUGUAGAAGUUAACAUCCGAGUCAAUAAAUGCAAGUCCGUAUUAGACCUUAUAUAUUUGGAUGAAGAUUUUACUGACUUCCAAUUGAGCACAGCAGAAGGAAGUGUGGCCGUGCAUAGAGCAAUCCUUGCUGCACACAGUGAUGUAUUCAGGAGAAUGCUCUCCGGGGAAUGGAAGGAGACAAACGCUGGAUGCAUUGAGAUAGAAGGAGUCACUCUUGAGACUCUGCAAAGCCUUAAGCAGUACAUGUACUUAGGGACCAUACCUGAAGAUGGAUUGUGCCCUCUCCUACUCAUUGCUACAUGCUAUUUUAUUGAUGACCUUAAAGCAGAAUGUACUAUUAAGCUAUCUCAUUCGAUCAAUUCAGAAAACCUGUAUGACCUUUUGGAAUUUUCCUAUGUUAACAAUAUGCCAGAUUUGACAUUUGCCAUCCUCAGGACUGUACGAGCACAGCCAAGAGAUGUGAUUGAAGUAGCUAAUCAGAAAAUGAUGAAACCUGAGAAGAGUGAGGAUCUGGAUGGAAAAAACGAGGCAAUUUGUGAAGAGCCUAAGAAAGAAUGAAUAUGCUCUUUCAAAUAAGAACAGAAUC